AUGGCUGCUGAAAGCAAGGGAAAAUGGGCCGAUAGCAAUUCGGACGACUUAUCAUCCAGCGACGGUGAUGAUAAAGUUAAUACUUGCUUCACAGCUAAGAAAGAAUAUGAGAUAAAUCAAGAUAAAAAUAUUGUUGAUGAUGACGUUGAUGAUAUUAAUAAUGAUGUUGAUGACGAAUCAAAUAACGAAGAUGAUGUUAACAAGAAUAUCAUAGAAGAAUAUAAUACAGUUGAUGAUAUUGAUAAUGAUGUUGAUGACCAGUAUAUGAAAGAUAUUCUCAAUGAUUUGUAUCCCAACAUUCAAAACUCUAGUUCUGAAGAUCCGGUUGACGACGAUAAAACAUUAUACAAAUUGUUGGAUGAUUCAAAACAGCCUUUUUAUGAAGGUUCUUGA